GUCUAGAGGACCCUGAACAUGUAGGGGGAGCGUAGUUGAGCCUGUCAAGGGAGCUGGACGCAUGCGCAGUGGCGAAAGCGGCUGCAAUGGCGGCGCCUCAGCGGUUUCGCGUGCUGCGGUGCUGCAGUUGCCGCCUCUUCCAGGCGCACCAGGAGAAGAAGAGUCUCAAGUGGACAUGCAAAGCUUGUGGAGAGAAGCAGUCAUUUUUGCGGACUUACGGUGAGGGUUCUGGUGCUGACUGUAGACGCCAUGUCCAAAAAUUAAAUCUGCUGCAGGGACAGAUUUCAGAGAUGUCACUCAGGUCUCCGGAAGAACCUGUAAGUGUUGACGGAGAGGAAGACACAGGGUCUCAGCGGGGCGAGCACGCGAGUCCACAGGAAAAACCUCAGUCCUCAGAGAACCGCUGGCUGAAGUAUCUGGAAGGAGACUCCGAAGAACUGGGGAUGGAAGGAGGAGGAAUGUGUUUCAAGAGACAGCCCUUGUCCAGGACAGAGAAGCCGGACCCUCCCUUCAACACAGGCCUGCCUAGAAAAAGGAAACGGAGCCAGAGCACAGUCCACCCUCCACACAACCCUGACGUCUGGAACCCGAGUGACUGCGAGGUUCCCUUGGAGCCUCAGAAGGACCGCAGUGGCCCGAUGGGGAAGGCCCAGGACGAAAGCAGUCACUGGGACACCGGGGAGCUAUCUGUUGGUCGGGGGGAUCCUGCACACCCUGCCCACGUCAGGACCACAUCUUCCAAGUGGGAACGAUUCCUUCUGCAGCCUGGCAACAGCCCACGUGUGGACACGGAGCCCCCGGUCCCCCUUAAUAGAGACCCUAGGCCAGCAGGGAUGGCACUGGCUGAGAAGGGCACCCUUAGGGCCCAGACCCCAAGGGAAGGGUGCCCCAGCAGGCCCCGUGACGCUCCCGGGCUUCCCUGGCCCACACACGCUCCUACGUCUGGGUUCCAGAGGCCCUGCAUAAAGACCUCCCAACAGCCAUGGGACACCAGUCCUCUGGCAAAGGGUGGGCCCUUGGCCACAGGCAUUCAGGCGCCCCCGCCUGUGCGACUAUGUGACCUCUUUAAAACUGGUGAGGACUUUGAGGAUGAUUUGUGAACUGAAACUAGAGUCUUACUAACACAGAUGUAUUUGCUAUGAGCAAUUAGACUUCUCGGCCACUGGAAAGGGGGCUCCCCAAGUACCUUUUAAGUAGUUCCCAGAAAUUGGGGUGCCUGGCUGGCUUGGUUGGAAGAGCGUGUGACUUGAUCUCAGGAUCAUGAGUUCACGUCCCACAUUGGGUGUAGAGAUUCUUUUUUUUUUUUUUUUAAAGCGUUCCCAUAAGUCAUCCCCAGUCCUGCCAAGAAUGACAAACACACCAGGAUGCCUGGGUGGCUCAGAUGGUUUACCAUCUGACUUUGGCUCAGGAGUCAGAAUUCAGUUCAGGAGUUCAAG